CACACGCAUUCUCAAUUUGGUUGAUGGAGUGGUAAUUAUUAUAGCUUAACAAGUGCAAAAAACCAAUUUAAAAAAAAGUGGACAAGUGAGUACCGGUCAGCUGUACAGUAGUUAUAGAGUGGGACACUUUAAUGGAGUGUUAAAGUUGAAUUCAAUGAUAUGAAAUCAUUUCAAAAUCAUUUCAACGAUUCUGAGCGAAGACUAUAUUACUAGAAGCGUCAUUUAAAACGGUCAGUCGCAGUGGAAUUGAAUUUCAAAUUGACAAUGAUUGAAAUAAUUGUUUACAUAAUUGUUGUUAUUUUCGUGGUGAUGUGGUGCUACUUUAAAUGGCGCAACAGGCACUUUGAAAAAUUGGAAGCCAGAAUGCCGGGACUUCCAGCGUACCCGUUCAUUGGAACAGCGUAUCAAUUUAUUGGAUUAACGCCAGAACGGAUCAUGAGCAGAAUACUUGAUUACGAGAAAGAUUAUAAUCUAGAGCCAUUUAGAGCGUGGUUAGGACCAUAUUUUGUAGUUAUCAUUAUCAAACCGGAAGACCUACAAAUUGUCUUGAAUAGUUCAAAGGCCCUUCAAAAAGGCUGUCUGUACAAAUUUUUCCAAAGUAUUUUAGGUGAAGGCUUGUUUACUGCACCAGUUGACAAAUGGCGGAAACAUCGUCGUAUGAUCACUCCCUUGUUUAAUGGUAAACUUUUGGAACAGUUUUUCCCAGUAUUUAUCGAGAAAAAUCAAAUCCUCAUAAGGAAUGUCGCGAAACAAUUAAAUGAAACACAAGCAUUCGAUCUCUGGGACUAUAUUGCACCAUUUGCGCUUGAUACUAUUUGUCAAAAUACCCUGGGUUACAAUCUCGACACUCAAACAAGCAAAAAUGAAUGUGAAUUUGCCGAAGCAAUAGUAACAACAACAGAAUUAGAAGGGAUGCGAAUUUACAAACCAUGGCUAUAUCCUGAAAUCGUGUUUUCAAUGUAUUUAAAACUUACUGGACAGCAAAGAGUCUUCGAAACUGUGAGAAAAUUUCCAUUACAAGUAAUCAAGGAAAAGAAAGCUGAAUUUGACCAGAGAAAAAAAUCAAUUGAAGCUAAGAUAGACGUUACCAACAAUAACGAAAACCAAUCAAAACUAUUUUUGGACACAUUGUUUGAACUGAACAAUGAUGGUGGCAACUUUUCAGAUUCCGAUAUUAGGGAUGAGGUUGUAACCAUGCUGACAGGGGGCAGUGAAACCAGUGCUAUCACAGUCUGCUUUUGUCUUUUGAUGUUAGCUAUAGAUCAAGAUAUUCAAGAUAAAGUAUACGAUGAAAUUUACGAUAUAUUUGAUGAGAGUCACCAUGUGAUAUCUAUUAAAGACACUACUAGACUUGUGUACUUAGAACAAGUGUUAAAAGAAACCCUUCGAUUAUUUCCUGUAGGACCAUUGCUACUAAGAGAAAUUCAAGAAGAUCUUAAAAUAUUUUCAUGUGAUUAUGUACUGCCAAAAGGAACGACGUGUGUUUUAGCUCCAUUAGGCACACAUUUAAGUCCUGAUUUGUACUCAAAUCCUCGAGACUUCAAUCCUGAAAACUUCAGUCCAGAAAAUAUAGCUAAACGUCAUAGAUAUAGCUUUAUUCCUUUCAGUGGUGGUCCAAGGGGUUGUAUAGGAUCCAAAUAUGCAAUUUUGUCGAUGAAAGUCACCGUGUCAACAUUUUUGCGACAUUUUAGCAUACAUACAGAUAUCAAAUUAACAGACAUUAAGUUAAAAUUAGGUUUGUUGAUGAGGAGUGUUGACGGUUAUCCUGUUACGAUUCGGCCAAGAGACAAAAGACCAACAUACAAGCGAAAUCAGAAGCCAAUACAAUGAUGCCCUAUUUAUUAAUAAGAUUAAUUUAUUUUUUCAAUGCUCGUGUUAGAUAUAAGUUAUUAAUGCACAGUGUUAAUUUUUGAAUACAAGACAUGGUAUCAAUAAGAACACAUGCUAAGUUAAAGUUACGCACUCAUUUUUUUCAUCACGAUAGUGUUAGUAGUUUUUUAUGUUUAGAAGUUUUCUUCACUCCUCUAAUACAACUAACUUAACUUUAAUACAACGUAUUUUAUCAACUAUUCUGAACAAAUUUUAAAGAAUAUUCAACAUCAUAUAAUAUUUUAUUAAUAAAAUUAUGAACCAUAUUAUUGGUUAUUAAGAGCUAUUGAUAAGAUAUAAAAAUGUCCCAUUUACAAAAAAAUGCAAGCUAGAUUUUUUAGGUGAU